AUGUUUACAACAGAAUCUUCAAUAGACUUUGCUGGAAAUGAGAAUAGUACAACAAACUCAACUAAUGUUUUCGGUAAUUACGAAAACUCGACAACCGUGAGUACUGAAGCUGGUUCCAGCAGAAGUAAUUAUUACGUCAUAGAUCAGUCAGUGAUGGAUAUUUUUAAGAAAAUAUUGGUGUGUGGAAUCAUUUCGCCUAUGUCUGCCUUUGGAAUCGUUGGUAAUAUACUGGCUCUGCUUAUUUUGAUCCGCCGGAAACCUAUUAAUUCUACUACAGUUGUUCUGAUCGCCAUCGCAAUUGCUGAUCUUGCGUUCAUUGCUACGACAAUUGUAAAUGUUGUCUCCCUGCUCAUCAGGAUUUACUACCCAGAAAACGCAAAGGAGGUAACAAUGAAAAUAAUCAUUCCUUUCUCCGUAUAUCUUAGUCCUCUUCCAGGCAGAAUUUCUAACUGGUUAGUGGCUCUUGUUUCGCUGGAACGUCUCAUCGCUGUAACGCGUCCCUUCAAAGUGAAACAGAUAUGUACAAAAAAGUUAAUGAUAGUACUGUCGAUUGUUCUUCCCUUGUCGGUUGCCAUUCUCACCAGCCCGAAGCUUUGGUUAUACGAGGUAAAGGACGUGACCCUACCUGACGGUAAUGUGACGAAGAUCAUUGCUCUUGGUUUUAUUGGUCGACAGAAGCAGCUCUUCGAAGUGUACUAUCUUGUUUCUGAAACUCUAUUACGGUUUGUACCUAUGGGCGUGAUAAUCGUUUCCAAUGCUGUCAUCAUUUGUGUUACCUGCAUACAGGCAAAGUGGAGAAGGCACAAACAAAACUAUGUCAUGGGUAAACAACCGUCCACCGACGAGAGACAGAUAACAAAGACGCUCCUUACCAUCACCUGUAUUUUCAUCGUCUGUUUGUUACCUUCAACAAUUUCACGCCUAAUGGUUCUCUUCGACGCCAACAGCACUUACUACAAGUACAGCUCAAAUGUUCACAGUCUGCUAAGUUUUAUUGGGCUGCUUACGGAAACCACCAACUCGUCUAUCAACUUUGUGAUUUACGUUACCAUGAACAGUGCAUACCGUCGACAACUCUAUCUUAUUUGCGGCAAGAGGUUCAAAACGAAAGCCAUUUCUAAUACCGUUUUCAGUUCCGUUGCCGGUUCCGCCACAUCCGUUAAUAAAGGACAAAACUCCCAUAUAAAUCUUUCUACAACCGAUUUGUCAACGGUGGAGAGCAGUGGGGAUAUUCACAUGUAA